AUGGCGGGCCACAGAGGCUUGAUUCGCCGUUACGCGGGCUCCUUUCGGCCAGGUUCCGUCGCUCACGAGACAGGCGCUGCCGUCGCGGGUCUCGCGCGGCACAUCUGCGUGUGGUCUGCGAGCAGGCGGAGCGCAAAGACGCAAGAGGCUGUGGACGUGGAGCGGGAGGCGCGCGAGGAGAGGAGGGGAGGCGGGAACGGCGACGAUGCGGCCCGGAGGCAUCAGGGUGAGGGCUGGGAGCGACCGGGCCGCGCGUCACGGGGCAAGGCGAGCACCGCGCAGGCUGGUGCAGCGCGGCCGCCUGCAGCAGGAGCGUCGGCCGCUUCGACCGCCGCGCAGGGCGGAACCGCGAAGAAGCGGCCGAGCCUGAACGAGCUCCUCUUCAAGGGCACGCUCGCGAACCGGAAGUCCCCACACCCGGCGGCAGAGCCGGGCCGAGGAGGCAGCGCGGGCGCGGGGCAACAGAGCUCGUUGCGCGAGAAGCUGGCGGCGAUGCGUCCGAAGCCACCGCCGCGGAUCGCGCACGCGAAGCCGCACGACCCGCGGAUGCACCAGGACCUGGGCCUGUGGUCGCGCGUCGCACGGCAGGUGGAGGAGGCCAAGCAGCGGCGCGCGGGCGAGAAGCGGCCCGGGCAGGCCGCGCGCUCGCCCGGCGCGCAGCAGAUGACGGCGGGUGACAUGCAGAAGUCGAACAAGCUGAAGGACAUGUUUGCGAAGAUGAAGGGGGCGGGCGCGGUCAAGUCGGACCGGUUCACCGCCGAGGACAUGGGCGACGCCGCGAGCCGCGGCAUGCUCGGGAACUGGAGCGGCGAUUUCGGAGGUGAGGACAGCGAGAGCGAUUCGUCCGUGGUGACCGGCAAGCGACACAAGAAGAAGAAGGCGAGCAAGAAGCAGCGCACGGAGGACGACGCGGAGCGCAAGAAGGCCAGCAAGGCGGAGCACAGGGCGGCGGCGGCCGUGCAGGUUCCGGAGGAGCGCGACGUGGACAUUCCGUACGGCGUGACGGUGGCGGAGUUGGCGUCCCUGUUGGAGGUGGCCCCGGAGGUGGUGGAGGGCCACCUGCGCGACCUGGGCGACAAGCCGCAGUCCCACGAGGACCGCGUGCCCGCUGAGUCCGCGGAGCUCAUCGCGAUGGAGCUCGGGUUCAACCCCACGAUGCAGCCAGGCAGUGGGGUCGCCGGGGGAGGGGAGGGCGAGGUGUCGCCGCGCGGGCCGGUGGUGACGGUGAUGGGCCACGUGGACCACGGCAAGACGUCGCUGCUCGACGCGCUGCGCAGCACGUCCGUCGCGGCGCGCGAGGCGGGCGGCAUCACGCAGCACGUGGGUGCCUUUGAGGUGGCGCUCCCGGGGUCGAAGCGCUCCGUGACGUUCCUGGACACGCCGGGGCACGCGGCGUUCACGUCGAUGCGCGCGCGCGGCGCGCAGGUCACGGACAUCGUCGUGCUGGCCGUGGCGGGCGACGACGGCGUGAUGCCGCAGACGCGCGAGGCCAUUGCGCUGGCGCUGGGCGCGGGGACGCCGAUCGUGGUCGCGGUGACCAAGUCGGACCGGCCGGCGUCGGACACGCAGCGGGUCCUGCAGGAGCUGGCUGCGGAGGGCGUCGUCGCGGAGUCGCUCGGCGGCGACGUGCAGGUGGUGGAGACGGCGGCGGUCAAGGGCGUGGGCCUCCGGGAGCUGGAGGAGUGCAUCCUGACUCAGGCGGACGUGAUGGGGCUGGCGGCACCUCGCGGGGGCGAGUGCCGCGCGUUCGUGAUCGAGGCGCAGGUCGCGCAGGGGCUCGGGCCGGUCGCUACGGUCGUGGUGCGCCGCGGCACGCUCAAGGUCGGGCAGCACGUGGUGGUGGGCGCCACGUGGGGCCGCGUGCGGUCGCUCGUGCUCCCGGGCGGCAGCAGCACCGACAGCAUCGGCCCCGGGCAGCCCGCCCUGGUCACCGGCCUCAAGGGCGAGGCCAGCGCGGGGGACGAGCUCAUCCAAGUCGACUCGUCGGCCAAGGCGCAGCGCCUGGCGGAGGCCCGGGCGGAGCGGCGGGAGGUGCGCGGGCGCGAGGCCAAGGCGGCGGCGCUGCAGGAGCUCGCGGCGGCGCACAGCGACGAGGACGACGAGGAGGAGGGGGGUGUGGAGGGGGGCGAGUUGCCGGACUGGCGUGCGCGCGCGCCGACGCCGGAGCGGCCGCUGCGCAUCCCCGUGGUGGUCAAGGCGGACGUGCAGGGCUCGCUGGAGGCCGUCCUGGGCAUGCUGGGGCAGUACGAGGGGUGUGUGGCGCGGCCGCACGUGGUGGCGAGCGGCGUCGGGGCGGUGGCGCAGGCCGACCUGGACAUGCUCGCGCAAGAGGCCGACUCGGGCGCGGCGCUGCUGGCGUUCAACGUGAAGGCGGAUGCGCGCGUGCAGGGGUGGUGCGAGCAGGCUGGCGUGUCUCUGAUCAGCCACAACGUCAUCUACCACCUCGUGGAGCGGCUCGAGAGCGCCAUGACCAGCGCGCUGCCGCGGAUACCCGUCGAGGAGGCGGUGGGAGAGGCGGCGGUCAAGGCGCUGUUCCCGCUGCAGAAGAAGGGGAGGCAGGUGGCGACGGUCGCGGGGUGCAAGGUGGACUCGGGGGCGCUGCGUUCGGAGCACGUGGCGCGGUUCCAGGUGCUGCGGUCGGGGGAGGUGGUGUGGGAGGGGCGGUGCAAGGAGAUGCGGCACAACAAGGACGUGGUGCGGACGGUGCGCGCGGGGACGGAGUGCGGGGUGCUCCUCGACGGCUUCGACGGCGUGCAGGUGGGCGACAAGAUCGUGUGCGUGGGCGUGGAGCGGCGGCCCAUGGACCUGCGCACGGGGGGGCCAGCGGCGGGGCGGGACGAGCAGUGA